UCCUACAGAAAGAGAGAUGGUGUUAUACAGCUGGAGGGGUAUGCAGCCAUAUCCUACAGACAGAGAGAUGGUGUUAUACAGCUGGAGGGGUAUGCAGCCGUAUCCUACAGACAGAGAGAUGGUAUUAUACAGCUGGAGGGGUAUGCAGCCAUAUCAUCCUCCAGGAGAGCCUUAAAGGAGCAGCCGUAUAUUUUGAGACAGGCUUGAUCAGAAAGUAUUCAGACCUUUUGAACUUUUCCACAUUUUGAUACAUUACAGCCUUAUUCUAAAAUGGAUCAAAAAAAUAAAAAUGUCAUCAUCAAUCUACACACAAUACCCCAUAAUGAUGUCAUCAUCAAUCUACCCACAACACCCCAUAAUGAUGUCAUCAUCAAUCUACACACAAUACCCCAUAAUGAUGUCAUCAUCAAUCUACACACAAUACCCCAUAAUGAUGUCAUCAUCAAUCUACACACAAUACCCCAUAAGGAUGUCAUCAUCAAUCUACUCACAACACCCCAUAAUGAUGUCAUCAUCAAUCUACACACAAUACCCCAUAAUGAUGUCAUCAUCAAUCUACACACAAUACCCCAUAAUGAUGUCAUCAUCAAUCUACACACAAUACCCCAUAAUGAUGUCAUCAUCAAUCUACACACAAUACCCCAUAAUGAUGUCAGCAUCAAUCUACACACAAUACCCCAUAAUGAUGUCAUCAUCAAUCUACCCACAACACCCCAUAAUGAUGUCAUCAUCAAUCUACACACAAUACCCCAUAAUGAUGUCAUCAUCAAUCUACACACAAUACCCCAUAAUGAUGUCAUCAUCAAUCUACACACAAUACCCCAUAAUGAUGUCAUCAUCAAUCUACACACAAUACCCCAUAAUGAUGUCAUCAUCAAUCUACCCACAAUACCCCAUAAUGAUGUCAUCAUCAAUCUACCCACAAUACCCCAUAAUGAUGUCAUCAUGAAUCUACCCACAAUACCCCCUAAUGAUGUCAUCAUCAAUCUACACACAAUACCCCAUAAUGAUGUCAUCAUCAAUCUACCCACAAUACCCCAUAAUAAUGUCAUCAUCAAUCUACACACAAUACCCCAUAAUGAUGUCAUCAUCAAUCUACCCACAAUACCCCAUAAUGAUGUCAUCAUCAAUCUACACACAAUACCCCAUAAUGAUGUCAUCAUCAAUCUACACACAACACCCCCUAAUGAUGUCAUCAUCAAUCUACCCACAAUACCCCAUAAUGAUGUCAUCAUCAAUCUACACACAACACCCCCUAAUGAUGUCAUCAUCAAUCUCCCCACAAUACCCCAUAAUGAUGUCAUCAUCAAUCUACCCACAAUACCCCAUAAUGAUGUCAUCAUCAAUCUACACACAAUACCCCAUAAUGAUGUCAUCAUCAAUCUACACACAAUACCCCCUAAUGAUGUCAUCAUCAAUCUACACACAAUACCCCAUAAUGAUGUCAUCAUCAAUCUACACACAAUACCCCAUAAUGAUGUCAUCAUCAAUCUACACACAAUACCCCCUAAUGAUGUCAUCAUCAAUCUACACACAAUACCCCCUAAUGAUGUCAUCAAUCUACACACAAUACCCCCUAAUGAUGUCAUCAUCAAUCUACACACAAUACCCCAUAAUGAUGUCAUCAUCAAUCUACACACAAUACCCCCUAAUGAUGUCAUCAAUCUACACACAAUACCCCAUAAUGAUGUCAUCAUCAAUCUACACACAAUACCCCAUAAUGAUGUCAUCAUCAAUCUACACACAAUACCCCCUAAUGAUGUCAUCAAUCUACACACAAUACCCCAUAAUGACAAAAAGAAAACUGUUUUUUAGAAAUGUUUUCAAAUUCAUGAAAAAUAAAAAACACAUACCUUAUUUACAUAAGUAUUCAGACUCUUUGCUAUGAGACUCAAAAUGUAGCUCAGGUGCAUCCUGUUUCCAUUGAUCAUCCUUGUGAUGUUUCUACAACUGGA